UCAGUCACGAUUGGGCAAAGAGAGGCCUCCUCCACCCGCUACAUACUGCCAAAAAUCCCCCCACUUCCCAAACUAAAUCUCAAUCCCAAUCUUCCCCCCUUUCUCCACCGCAAUGCUCCUCUGACGCUUCUCCUUCUCCGUUCACCCUCUCUCCCUCCGUCCUUCCCACAAAUCUCAACCGCCGCCAUCUACUCCGCCCCGCAAUGAGAGGGGGAGGUCUGUGGCAGCUGGGCCAAUCAAUCGCCCGCCAACUCGCCCGCCCUGAUCACAAGAAGUCCUCAUCGGCCAGCGCAGCCGCCCGCCGCUACUUCGCAUCCGGCGGGGACCUCAAGAAGACGGUCCUCUACGACUUCCACGUCGAGCACGGCGGCAAGAUGGUGCCCUUCGCCGGGUGGAGUAUGCCAAUCCAGUACAAGGACUCAAUCAUGGACUCCACCGUCAACUGCAGGGAGAACGGCAGCCUCUUCGACGUGUCCCACAUGUGCGGGCUCAGCCUCAAGGGGAAGGACGCCAUUGCUUUCCUGGAGAAGCUUGUGAUUGCGGAUGUGGCCAGCCUUGCCCCCGGGACGGGCAGCCUCACCGUGUUCACCAAUGAGAAGGGUGGUGCCAUUGAUGAUUCGGUCAUCACUAAGGUCACUGAGGAUCACAUUUACUUGGUCGUCAAUGCUGGAUGUAGGGAUAAGGAUUUGGCUCACAUUGAGGAGCAUAUGAAGGCUUUCAAGGCGAAAGGUGGAGAUGUCGCUUGGCAUAUCCAUGAUGAGAGAUCCCUGCUUGCUCUCCAGGGCCCUCUUGCUGCUCCAGUCCUUCAACACUUGACAAAGGACGAUUUGAGCAAGUUUUAUUUUGGCGAGUUCCGUAUUCUGGAAAUCAAUGGAGCUACCUGCUUCCUCACUCGAACUGGGUACACAGGCGAAGACGGGUUCGAGAUCUCGGUCCCUUCAGAGAACGCACUAGACCUUGCCAAGGCCCUCCUGGAAAAAUCCGAAGGCAAGAUAAGGCUGACAGGUCUCGGCGCUCGUGACAGCCUGCGCCUCGAAGCUGGCCUCUGCCUCUAUGGCAACGACAUGGAGCAGCACAUAACUCCCGUUGAGGCAGGCCUCACUUGGGCCAUAGGGAAGCGCAGGAGAGCCGAGGGUGGCUUCCUGGGCGCGGAGGUGAUUCUGAAGCAGCUCGCUGAUGGCCCAACGAUCAGGCGAGUUGGGUUCACUUCCUCGGGCCCUCCGCCGCGAUCUCACAGUGAGAUUCAGGAUGCGAGUGGCGCGAACAUAGGGGAAGUGACGAGCGGAGGGUUCAGUCCUUGCCUGAAGAAGAACAUAUCCAUGGGGUACGUGAAAUCUGGGCUGCACAAGGCCGGCACCAAUGUUAAGUUGGUGGUGCGUGGGAAGGCUUAUGAUGGUGUUGUCACUAAGAUGCCGUUCGUGCCCACCAAAUACUACAAGCCGUCAUAAACUCAUAGCUCGUUCGUUUUAAUUUUUUUUUCCUCGAUCGUUUGUUUUUAUUCGCAUACUGUUUUUUGCAUUUUUUUCUUACCAUUGUGAAUUACUACUGGCAUUUGUUGCUGCACUUCCUUUUUCUUUGUAACCAUCGGAAUUCAUGAUGGACUCUUCUGCAUAAAAAUGACAUGCUUCGACUGAGCAGAAAAAAAGCGCGCGGGAAGCUCUCUAAUAACUGAUUUUGCUUUCAGGAAUUGACUAGGAUCUGGAAGUGUUUCCUUGUUCAUGAUAGUUAGCCAGAGGAA